AUGAAGAACUCUCUGAGCAUAGUGAACCAAGUGUGCACUCAGAAAGACCCUGGCCCAGUGACUCAGACUGAUGCCAAUGAUGAUAAACUCCCAAGAUGCAAGCCACCUGUGCCAAAGAAGCCAUCGAUCAGUCAAAAACCUGCAAACCUUACGCGGUCGCUGAGUGCCUCUCCCAAGAAAGAUGCUAAGCCACAGAAAAUCCCUCCACCCCUACCUAAAACUCCUCCUAAUUGUGGUGAAAGAAAAGCAGAAUGCACAACUGACAGCACAGCACUCAGCACAUCAGAGCACAAAUCCAUCACAAAAUGUGCACCAGCAAAUGACAACUGCAUAUCAAAUGUCAUUGAAACCACCUUAAAUGGGUCUUUUGACGAAUCAAAUUCAUCCUUACUUAAUGUUGACCAAUCAUAUUUUACCAAUAGCAUUUGUGACUUAAAUCAAAAUACAUCAUCAUUGUCGAAUGAAGAUUUAACAAAACUCCCCCAAACUCAAAUUUUUUCCAAAUCUCCUAGGCCAAGGCUACCAAGAACAUCUUCCAAUUCAAGUGUGAAUAAAAAUUGCAGUCCGAAAGCUUCAAAUUCUAAUUCUCCCAACGUGGUCAGAAAGGCUAAGGUUCCUGACUCAAAGAGCACAUUUUAUGAUGAUGAAUGUAAUGAUGAGGAAACUCAUUUAGGCCAAAGCUGCUUUUAUGUAGCAUCUGAGGAUUCAGUGACCAUAUCUUCCUCUUCUGUACAGUCACAUAACCAGGAUCCUGGUAAAAGUGCAAGAUCCAUUAGCAAUACCAACACAGAAACACUGAUAAACCCUAAAGGAACUGUGUCUGGGAUGGAAAAUUCUAGCACAAAGUCAGUUAAGAAACCCAUCAAAACUCCACCAAAAGUUCCUCCAAAAGUGAGUUCUAAGAGAGCUGGAGGUCAAAAGGUUAUCUCUAGUUCUGUUGAUUCUCAACCAAAACUUGAAAACAUAUCAACUCAGUUAAUAAACUCAGAGUGUCCAUCACUAUGUGUAGAUUCAAAAGUGAAGGAAUCUUUAACAUUGCUUUCUGUGGAAGUGGAGAAUGGUACUUCAACACAAGAUAUAAAUGGAAAUUUUGAAAAUGCCAAAUUACCAACAAGCCCUAGAAAUCUCAGUUGUUAUAAAACGCCUUCUCCUAGGCCCAGGCCAAUGCCAAAGCCUAGAAAAUCCGUUACUCCCAGUCCAAGAAAGAGAGGUGAAGCAACAGGAGAAGAAAAGAAAAGUGGUGCUAGUGAUUCAAAGGAUGCUUCUGAGAAAGAAACAGAGAGUUCAUUGCAACCUGAAGCUGAUGUGAAAGAUUCCACUAAAUGUAGUGUGGAGAAAGUCAUAGACACCAAUGAAGAAGAUAAUUUGGAAAAAAUGAAAGUCUCCACUGAAGGUAGUGUGGAAAAAGUGGAAGUUUUUACUAAAUGUAAUGUGGAAAAUGUGAAAGACUUCACUGAAGAUAGUGUGGAAAAAGUGAAAGACUUUAUUGAAAGUAAUGUGGAAAAAGAGAAAAACAUUGUGGAUAAUAAUUCAAAGGAUCAAGGAUUAUUGUCAGAACUCAGAGAAGAAGUUAGUGUUUCUGGGAUGGAGUCCUCAGAAUCAGUGGCUGAAAAUUCACAGAAAAGUAUUAGCAAAACAGAAAGUGAUGCUGAGAAGAAAACAUGUAAAGAAGAGGUUAUAAACCCAUCGAAUAUAAUAUGUGAUACUUCAGACUCUAAGGAAAUAACUCAUCAGAGUUUCCAAGACUAUGUGAAGCAAGGUUUGGAUUUAACAAGUGUGACUCCACAAGAUAGCAGUAUGUGUAAUGUCCAAUCUGAUGAAAGUACAACACAAAAAAUGCUAUCUCCCAUUGCAGAGGAUAAACCUAUCACCAUGAAAGGUUUGGACAGUGAGUUCAACAAAUCUGUGUUAGAUGUGGAGGCAGACCUUCCAGAAACUUCAUCACUUUUAGAUGAAAUUGAGAAAAUUGUCACAAAGAGGAUGAACAGUCUUGAGAAUUCACCUGAAGAUGUUUCUUCUGAGAAAACCACAGAUGUGCCAAUCAGACCACCUCGUCCAAAGAGAGAAUCUAGGAGAAAGUCCUCCAUGGGGGAGGUUCCAUCCAUGUGUUCAGACUCAAAUCAGCCUGGUUCUGAUUUCAGGGGUUCGUCCACAUCAUUAAAUGACAUGCCACUUCCAAGUGGUAAAAAGGUGCAACCACCCAAGCCUAAGAGACACAAAAUCAACAAAAACGUUACUAGGAGUCAGUCGGAUAUUUCUGGAAUCCGGCCACAAGGACUGGAUAUGUGCAAUAAAGGAAUUAGUAUUGAUAUCAGUGAUGAUGAUGGGGAAAAGAAAAAUCCUGUUUUACCACCUAGAAAAGCUCAAGGUAGGAAUGCUGGCAAAGGUAGAAGUUUGACUGUUGAUUUCUGUGUUCCAGCCAACCAGCAUGCUCUGUUGAGGGAAAUAGCUUUGGCAGAUCAUAGGAGAGAAUUAGAGACUUCACUAAGUCCAGAAAGUCAGAAGUCUUCUCAAGGUUCUGAAAAUACUCACUCUCUAACAAAUUUGCAAAACACAAAACGCCAACUUCGUCCCUCAAGAAAAGCACCACCACCUCCACCUUCUGCUAGUCCCAUCCCCAAAACUACUAAAGAUUCUUCAGAGGAUGUUCCUAAUCCACAUGGCAUUUCCACUAACAAUAUUCACCAAGGUUCUUUUUCAGCCCCUACUCACAGUGAUGAUGACUCAAGUAAUGUUGACUCUCAUGAAUAUCAUUACAUCCCUGAGGAUUUGAUUAAUCCACCAUCUGACUCCGCUCUCCACAAAGAAAAAUCUCCCUCUCCACCUGAUCUUCCACCUCGAACCUACAACACCAAUUUCUCAGCAUCAACAUCCAUCAUUAACUUAGACACUGACCGUCCAGUUAGUGUGGUCAGUGUGUUCAGUAGUCAGUCAGAAAGUGGGUCAUUUGGUCAUGGCAGUCCAGAAAUUGAUGAACUAAGUACAGAUGACUCUGAGUGUGAAAAUGAAGAAGACAAGAUUGCCAGAAAACGGGCCAAAAAAGUGUUUCACAUCGCCAGGGAGAUCUGUUCGUCAGAGGAAGUUUUUGUUGAUGUUUUGAGGCUUUUGAAUGUGGAUUUUCGAGUGUUCAUUUCUCAAGCUACAGAAGCCAAUGGUAAACCAGUAAUUCCUAAUGAUAUCCUUAAUAAGGUCCUCAACUACCUGCCACAGUUACAGAACUUAAACGAGGAACUGCUGCAAGACCUACAGGAGCGGCUGGCCAAAUGGGAUGAGUUACCCCAGGUUGCAGACAUUUUCGUUAAGAAGGGACCAUUUCUGAAGCUGUAUACCUCUUACAUUAAGGACUUUUCAGAAGCCAAUGAGAUCCUGGAUGAAGCGUGUAAAAGACAUCCUUCAUUUCUCACAGCAGUCAAACAGUUUGAGAGAAGUCCGAGAUGUGCUAGUCUGGCCCUGAAACACUACAUGUUAAAACCCAUACAGAGAAUACCUCAAUAUAGACUACUGCUGCAAGAUUAUCGGAAACACUUAACCUCCGAUUCGCCUGAUUAUAACAACACUUUAGCUGCAUUAGAGAUUGUUUCUGAUGUUGCAGACCAUGCCAAUGAGAGCAUGAGACAAGGGGAUCAUGUUCAGAAGAUGUUGGAGAUCCAGAAAUCUGUGGAGGGAAAUUAUGAAGUCAUCAAGCCGGGCAGGACAUUUCUGAAAGAAGGAGAAUUGAUGAAACUGUCUCGGAAAGAAAUGCAACCAAGAAUGUUCUUUCUGUUUAAUGAUGUUCUGUUGUACACAUCACCAAUAGCAACGGGAGGCUACAAAUUUAAUAAUGCACUGACCCUGGUGGGAAUGAAAGUAAGCAAGCCCAAGAGAGAUGAUCUGAAGACAGAGUUUAACAUCAUUAGUAUACAGCGAUCCUUUAUGGUGGUCGCUAAAAAUCAGGUGGAGAGAGACAGUUGGGUAGACACCCUACAGAAGGCUAUUGAUGAUCAGGCUCAUCGCAGAAACACAUUUGAGAACGGAAAAACUGGAGGACAGUCCUUCUAUGAUAUCUAUGACGUGAACUACGAGUUGGGUUCCAAGGCUCCGAUCUGGAUCCCGGACACCAGGGUUACGAUGUGUAUGAUCUGUACAUCAGAAUUCUCUGUAACUUGGAGGCGCCAUCACUGUAGAGCCUGUGGAAGGGUUGUAUGCGCUAACUGCUCUGAUAACAAAGCCCCCUUGGAGUACCUCAGGAACAAACCUGUCAGAGUCUGUGAUGAAUGUUUCGAGAAACUCAGAGAGGCAUUGGAUGAGAAAGAGAAAGUACAUGGGAUUGAUGAGAAGUUCACACAAGCUCAGGAUGGCUCAUUUCUCAGUCUUGGGAAUUUGAAGGAGAGAUUUCGUCAGAUCCGUCGCAGUGCCAGAUUUACUCACCAACCAGCCACUAAGAGACCUAGCAGACUGCAAAUUCAUGCCAAUGACCCAGAAGCCACCAUAAGUGGAUAUUUAUUCAAGUGGCACAAAGAGAAAAAGUGGAAAAAGUACUGGUUCCUGAUGAAGGACAAUGUACUCUAUACAUUUAAGGCUUCUGAGGAUGUGAAUGCGACAGACAGUGUCAGUGUUGUGGGUUAUGACAUUGGAGACUACACUACGGUGUUUGAGGGUGUACCAGCCAACUUACUGUUUGAUAUGAAGCACAAGAACCAGCCACCAAUGAUUUUCCACUCGGAGGAUGAAGCCACAACACAGAGAUGGCUUACUGCAAUGGAGGAGGCUUCAAAACUGAAGACCUGACCAUAGAGAAGGGGAGAUAACUCAGAACUAUAGUUGUGAUUCCAAUGAUCUCACUACGUCUCAUGGAUGACUCCCAUUGAUGCCUUCUCACACUGGCAUUGUUAGUGGUCGCAGCACCAGUGCAUGAUGGGAAGAAACCUGGCUGAUCAAGAGUAUUUUUUUAAUUAAGAUGGAAGGAGCUUGUCGAAUCAGUAUUCAGAUGUUAGAUGGGCCCUAGAUAUCUGCUCCCAUCCAAUAGACCAAAUGGUUACGUAAAAGUCCAACUCUCUGUAAAACUAGCUAAUUAUUAAAUGCUGCUUUUUUUUUAUGUUAUACUGCCUGCUUCAGAUUAUUUUUAGGUAGUAGGUAAACAUUUUGUGAUGGUGAAAUACUGUAAAUUUUGUGGAAUUAUUAGUUUAAAUCUGCUACUACCUGGCAAACCGCUGUAAAUGACUGCAACAGCAUGUGCAUUAGUUUUCCAGUAAGUGUCAAAAAUGGGUUUGUAACAUUCUUGAAAUGAAAUCGGUUGUUCAAAUGAAGUAAUGAAUUUUGAUACAACGUGUAAUGAGAUGCAGGUAAUUUUUUUGUGGUGUGGGGGGGGGGGGGAUAAUCAGGCUGUUUACAUGGUUAGUCACACCAAGUUCUUUGUCUGUAAUAGUGCCAUACAUUUAUACAUUUACACAUACAUGUCUACAUUAAAUGUUUUUGUAUGAUUGUAUUUAUUGUAUUUGUAAUGAGUGUAUAUAUAUCAUAGGAUAUAAUUAUUAGGCUGUCCUUUGAGCAAUGUCUUCAAUUUUUUGAUAAUUUUUUUUUUAAUUGCAAUACAAGAAUUUUAUUUCACUGAUGUGAUAGUAGAAUGUGAUUCUUUUGUUGAAAAAAUUGUGCAAGAAAUUUUAUUUACUUCAGGAGGAGUCUUUAAAGGAGAAUGCUACUUUGUACUUAGAUGUAAUUUAAAAUGUUCUAGAAAUUCUGCCUAAAAACAAGAGAUUGAAUAUUUCUCAAGUGCCAUGUUGAAAAAGUCUGCUUUUUUAUCAUUGCAUAUAGUACCGGUAAAUAUUAAUUAAUAAAUCUGAGGAAUAACAUACAUAAAUAAAGUUCUGUUGACUUUUUAAGAUUAGAGAUUUCUUAAGAGCUUCCUUUUUGGGAUGUCCUGUUGAUGCGUAUAUUUACAUAUAUAUGCAUUUAUACAUGUACAUGUAUAUACGUGUAUGCAUUUAUACUAUUUCUUUAUAUCAAGGCAGUAUUAUUUUUGGACAAAAGGGUGAAUUUUAUCGUUAUCAACUGUAUUCUUGUACUGUUUAAGUUUAUGGUGUUAACCUUUACUGACAUAGUAAAUUUUUUAAUAUGCUAACUGCUUUCUCUUAGUGACUUAUAAUUUUCAUUCAUACAGUGGUAGCUUGGGUCGUAUAUUUUUGUAAGAUUUUCCAUGUUUCUAUUUCUUUGUUGUAUGGACGAAUCAUGUGCAAUAUGAAAUUGUAGUCAUAUAUAUCUGUACAAUGUUUUGUUUUUUUUUUUUAGUCAUUUUUGGAAAAAAAAAAUGUUGUAAAUAUAUUUACAUUGUAGUGGACGUUUGCAGUGAAGUGAAAAUUAAUCAGCAAAUUCAUGUACAUUUGAACUUCUGUAUCUUGAAUACCACAAAGUGAGUUGGAAGUCUCAACUAUUUUUCUACAUAUGUUUUAAUGGCAAUAUCUCAAAUCCUCAUAUACAUGUAUCUCCAAGUUUUUUUUAUAGCCAAAAUGAGUUCGAGAUACUGUAUACAUGGUAUAAUAUUUGUCUCACAUUCAGUCAUAGUUUCAUAUGCUGAAAUUUGCAAUAAAUAUGGAUACCCAUACAGGAUUGUAUGAUACUCACUUUCUGAAUUUUUAAAAUCAUUUGAAUUAUGCAGGACAAAGGUUCCAUACUUUUAUUAUCUGAGCUAUGGCUUUUUAAGUUCACUUCACCUAUUACGUCCAGUACUACUGGUAAUUAAUAUAAGUCUUCUGAGUUAAAAAAAGAAAGUUUUUGUUAUCUGAACUUUUUCUUUCAAGUCAAAUCUUUUAAAUUUUAUUUUAGUGUUAACUGAAAGUAAUAAAGAAAAUACAGUGAAAAUAUGCAGAUAAUACAGUAAAACACGCUUAUAACGAAGUGCCAGGGACGGGCGAUUUUGCUUCAUUAUAAACAUAAUUUGUUAUAUCGGUAUAGCUUAACAAUACCUUUAAAACCAAUAGGAAAUGAAAAUCACUUCACUAUAAGCGUCUAUUCAUUAUAAGCAUGUUCGCUAUAAGCGUGUUUUACUGUACACACAAUUAUGAUCUGAAUUUGCAUCAUUCAUUGUAAAGAAUCUCCGGGUGAUAGGAAAAUCUUAAUUUUCAAGGUUUUCUUCGUCUUCUUUUAUUUAUUUAUCUAUUUUUGUUAUGCUGUAGUAGAUUAAUGUCACAAUCCAAAUGAAGAUAUUGUUUGUAUUUUAGAUAUAUUUUAUGAAAAAAAAUUGUUUUUACAUAAAAACACUACAUAUCAUGCUAUAAAUACAACAGAAAUGUAUUUUAUUGACCAAGAAAGAAUAAAUGACUUUAAGACACAAAUUUAUGUAAUUCAAUCAUGUAUAUUUGUUUCUGCAAAAUAAUAUUAAAAAAUACUAUUUCUAAUAGGGGUGAAAGUGCUAUGUUUUGUAUACUAAGUAUACAAAUGUACAUGUUUGUUCUUAUCAGGUGAAAUAUGCUUACCUCCCUUACAAUUGGCAUUACAGUAUUCAUACUUUAAAAAAGGGCCAAGAAUUACCUGGUAUAUUUCAAUUAAUUUCCCAAAAUUGUACUUUUAUUUGAAGAAAAAAAUUAAAAACUUUGAGACCCCUGUUGUACAUGUUGACAAUAGCGUCAUUACCUUAGCUAGCCUCUAGUUUGUUUAGAAUCCUACUCCUAGGUGGUUAUAAUUAGUAUGUGCUGUGUAGCUGUACAUCAUCUUGUUGAGGUUUUUGUUAUACUGUUGUCUACAAUACACGAAUUUAUCUUGAAUUUUUAAGAAUGAAUGGUAUGGUUUUUGUACCAAAUUAUCUUGUGAAUGGAACCAAUUAAUUCAUGUGUUGUAUACAAUUAAAUUGAUAGAAAAAGAUAAGUGAAUUUAUUUUGAUUCUGAAUGA